GUAUAAGCGCGCAGCAUGAAGUAAUCCGAGCUGCGAGCUGCCGUAACGUCGUGUUUCCCUGAAGUGAAACGAAAAGGGACUGAGUUGACGUGAAACGUGACGUGUUCACUCUGAAAUUAUUAUACAUUUGUUUCCGCGUAUUUCCCCCCGCCUGUUGUUCAUGAACGCAAACGGGAACUGAAUGAAACGGCGAGGUUUAAACGACCAACCCUGGGACGCUGAGCUGAAGUCUGAACGGGGCGGGGGCCGAACCGGGCCGAACCGAACCUUCGGAUCAACAUGUCAGCCGCUGUUUGUGUUUUCAUCCUGACACUUUCAACACUAAUCGGAGUUGUUUUAGGAGUCCUUAGCAGUCCCACCAACGUCCAGGUGACCUCCAGGAACCUGAACCUGAUCCUGAGCUGGGAUCCACCUGCAGAAGCACCCAACGGAUUGAUCUACACCACCGAGUUUAAGAGUUCUAUUGGAUUAUACAACCCAGGCUGCAUAAACAUCACAACCUUUCAAUGUGAACUCAGCAAUUUUAGCAUCACUUCAUAUGGGACAUACAGUGGGAAAGUCCGGGCUCUGCUGGGCGAAGAGGCCUCACCGUGGGUGGAGAGUAAAAGCAUCACUUUGGAUUUAGAAACCCAGAUCAGUCCUCCCAGCGUGUCGCUCUUACCCGUCAGUCAAACUCUGGAGGUCAGCAUUAAGGACCCAGAGUUUAUUAUCUCCUCUCUGAGGAAUGUGUACAGCAAAGUCAGCUACAACAUCACCUACUGGAAGGAAGGCCAGGAGAACCAGGCGGAAACCCUCAGCAACGUCCAUCAGGACCGGGUCGUUUUAAAAAAGCUGGAUCCCUCGACCAAGUACUGCGUACAGGUCCGAAUCGUCACCCUCAGAAACAAGAGCCCCAUCGAGCCCAGCGGCGUCCUGUGUGAGAGGACCAGUGACACUGACAACUCUCCGGUGGUUGCAGCUGUGGUCGCAUGUGUCCUCAUCGCAGUGGCUGUAGCUGUGACAACGCUGGCCGUAGUGAAAUGGAAAAGUAUUUCCCAUUUCUUAUGGCCAAAGGUUUCUCUUCCUCUGCACUUUGAAAAGUCUCUGCUGACCACACCAGAGUCCUCUGUUUGUUUAAUCACGCAGCCCACGGAGGAGAUCGCCCCGUUGAGUAUCAUUACAGUCGAGGAAGGCAGCCCUGAAGGGACAAAAGAGACCAGCUACAGCAAACAACUACAUGGCACAGUGGGGGAUAACUGUCUACUCUCAGAUUAGGUCUACAUCCUGAGUGUUGAUGUGACCGCAGACGACCACAUAGACUCGAUAAAACGGAAGAUUUUGAUUUUAAAAAAGACUCCUAAACAAUGUGAUUGUAAACAGAUAUAUGCCGUGAUCCUACAAACUGUUUACAACCUGUUUACUGUAAGUGUAUUAGAACUAGCUGUGUUAUAGUGACAUAAUAUGUUAUAUGCUGCAUGAUGUUUUUGAAAGACGUGAAAGUAGUUUUUUGGGAAAAUUAUUUAUAAACAUGUAAAAAUGAAGAAGUUUUCACAAUCAAACAUUACUAAUUUAACUUUUGGUACUUUUACCAGUCCAGAGAUGUUCAAAACCAAAGCUGAACUGGUUGGUUGGUUGGUUGAUCUGGUUUUAUUGUGUUCUGAUUAAACUGAACUACAGA